GGACAGAAAUGACGAGCAGGGAAAUCGUCCAUGACAAGAUCCACUUCAGACACGACCCCAAAUGGAGCCGCAGCCUGGUGACUGCAGAGAGCGGGGGGGGGCUGCUGGUCUGUGUGGCCUGUGUCCUUGAAAUGAUCGAGAGUGACGACAUGGCAGUAAGAUCAGUGAGGAAGUCCUUUGCCUUGUCUGGUAUCACUGAGGUGCUGAAGUGUUCUCCAGGGGCCAUGAGGGAGCUGCUGCAGCAGGACCACAGAGUCCUGAUGCGUUUCACAGCCUCUCUAAUGGGGAUGCUUCACACCGUGGAGGACGUCAGCACCCUGGAGAAGGUUCAGCAAGGUGAAGACAUUCCUCAUAUCCUUCCAUUCACUCUGCUGGUUCAGCUGCUUUUAGAGCUCCAGAGCGAGGUGUCAUUUCGCUUUGUUUUGGAUGAGAUCGACAAACAGCUAAGUGACCAGCACAGCCCGAAAGGUUUCCAGCCCACAUUCAACCUCUUGGGGACCCUGGUGGAAGCCGGCCGCAACGUGGCCCAUAUUCUGGUGACUCAGUACGGGUCCUUGCUGGGGAGCUUGUGCUCAGCUUUGCUUUAUCCAGAUGAAGGCCUGAAGGCUUCGGUCCUGUAUGUGUGGCUCAAACUGUUCAGGGGAUCAGCAGCUCAGUCGUUGCCCGUUGCCAUCAGAGACAGGUUGUGUGUCCUAUUGUUGCAGACCCUGGCCAAUGCAGGCUCCCCACAGCUCAUCAGAAGUUGUGUCGGCCUGCUGUGGCUGCUGGUGCAGCUGGCAGAGGCUGUGUCCGUUCUGAUGAACUGCACUGACAAUCAGAUCAUGUGCCAUGAGAACCAAAGCGUCCACACCGACAGCAGCCAGAUCCUCGGCCAGAACCAAGAGCAACAAUCUCUUGACUGCUGCCAUUUGCCUCUCAUACUGAAACAGCUGCUGCUUAGUGGGGAUGAGAUGUUGCAGGUGACCAGUUCCAAGUGUAUUGCCGCUGUGCUGGUUCAUUCUCCCAGUCAGUACAGCGCCCCCUUCAUCCAGGCCGACAUACCUGAGUUUCUCUUUGACCGUCUGGCCAGUACUAAUAGUGAGAUGCUGCUGUGGUCAGUCUACAGCUGUUUGGUGUUACUGACCGAGGACCCGCUGUUCUUCUCCCAGUGCCACUCUGUCUAUGGUAUUGAAUCCCUGGUGCGCAGUCUGAAGGAGGCUCAGCGGCUGUCCAACCUGGAGGUGCAGAAACAAGGUCUGCUGCUCCUGACUGAGAUACUGGAGAGGCAGCCGCCGAGUGUGCGUCUGUUCCCCAGUGGUCCAGGGUUCGUGGCGGCUUCAGAGGCCGUGGCAGCCGGAGUCUCCUCCUCCUGCCUGCUGGUGGCCACACAGGGUGUCAGCGCUGCCUCCGCCCUCUUCAGACUGAACCACCAGGCCCGACCAGUACAGUACAGUGAGGUAGGAAGACUGGUGGAGGCCAUCACCGACAGAUUCUGUGAGCUGUCCCCACUUUCCUCUACUCAGCGGAGAAGCUCUGGGAUUGUGAGGAGGUCAAGCCUCAGCAGCCAGGCUUCCAGGUCUGAGGGAUUUCUGCUCCAGGCCCUGGUUUGUUUUCAGGCCGCAUGCAGGUUGGCUGAGGAGUGUGCCUCAGACCCUGUUCUGAAGGAGAACGCCUUCACUGCUCCAUCAAGACAAGGCCCCACUCAGGAUUCACUGGAGUCUCUGUGUCGCUGUCUGCUUCACUGCUGUGACUCCAUCUGGAUUCCCACCGUCACCAGGAUGUACGAGCGCGCACCCAACGCUCAGAUACUGCAGUACUUCUACUCCAUCCUGUCCUCCCAGUUCACCCUCCUCCCGCCCCUCAUGCCUGACUUUGCAAAUAAGCUUGCAUCCUCUGGUUUCUUCAGGCUGGCUCUUGAACACAAAGGCCUGCUCUGUGCGGGAAACAGGAACCCAGAUCUGAAUGCAUCAUGCUGUGGUUUUCUACAGAAACUCAGUAUGUGUCUACUUUCCCAGUCAGACCCUGCUUCUGGCUCUUACCAGUCUGAUGUUGAGGAGGUGGAGAAUCUUCUGCUGUACAACCUUCCCUCUGUGUGUUGGCGUCUGUCAGACUGGCCCUCUCUGCUGUGCGAGGCCCCAGGACUCCAGCUGUCUGAACACAAAGGGCCAAGGGCCACUCAGUACUGUGUGGUGAUCAUGCUGCACCUUGCCUUGCAGCAGGGAGACAGGCUCCUCCCAGACCAGACAGUGUUCUCCAGCGUGUUGUGGCUGUUACACUCGGUGCAGGAGCAGGGCGGCUGCGUCCUGCCUCGCUCGGUGCUCCGCUCUGCCCUCUACCUGCUGGCAGUGACACAGGACAAGAGCCCCAGCCUUGACAGGGCUCCUUUGAACUGCAUCAGCAAGGCGCUGUCGUCGUGCCAAAGCUUCUCAUCCCUCUACAUUCACCAUCCUGCACUCCUCCACUUCAUCUGUCGCUAUCCGGAGCUCGCCGAGAAAUUUGGGGCCUUGGUCCUGGAACUUUGGUUGACCAAGCAAACACAGCAGGCGGAUGCAAGGACGUCCAUGGCAGAUGAAGAAGGUGAUGCAGGAGAAAGGCCGGAACAGAAGCCAGACAUAGAAACCGUGGAGCUUCUGACUCUGAAGUACCCGACUGUCGUACUGACUCUUCUGGACAUGCUGUGCACCAGGGAGCCCCCCCUGGCAGAGCGAGCCCUGGGGGUGCUGCAAGUGCUUUUGGGUGGUCGACGAGACUACGAGGUGGAUCUGUGUGCCAAACCCAGGCUUCUGCAGGCGCUACAGAGGUUCAGUGUGGAGGUUGUGGGUCAUGGGCUCGGGCAGGGACACACCACACAAGCAGUGAACUCGCUCCCUCUGGUGCUGAAGCUGCUUUCUGUGAUGCAGGCCAGUGACUCGUCUUCAUCCUCCUCCUACAGAAAGACGGACGAAUUGCACUUCAAGCUGCUCUACCAUGUCAGUAAUAUCGCAGGGAAGUUGACACCUACCAACGUGGAGAGCCUGCUGCCUGCGUUCAGCUACCUGUAUUGCUGCCUGAGCCUUUGUCCUGCACACUGCGCUGACAGAGCUGUCUCCAUGCUGCUCUCCAACAGUGGACUGAUGGACCAGCUGCAGACAGUCCUCUCCUCCUCCUCUGCUCCAUCCCUCUCUCCAUCAGCCUGUCCUCCUUCAUCCCUGCUGUGCUGCAGCCAGCUCCUCCUGUCCUCCCUCAUUACCUUGCAACAUGUUCACUCAGCUCAGGUCCAUAAGAGCGUCAGCUGGAGUCUGGACGCAGCUGUGGAGCGACUGCUCUUUCGGAAAAGACACACAGACAAUGUCCUGCUGGUCAGCGGCCUGAGGUUGCUGCAGGCUCUACUUGACGUUGACCUGGUAUCAGCAGUCGUAUGUGUGAGCACUGGUUCUGAUUUGGUUGAACCCCCGGGGGUCCAAGACGGAGCUUUGUACCCGCUCAGCUCCAGGGGGGUCCAGUGCCUCUCAACUGCUCUCAGUGGACUUCUUUUGCAGAAGCACGAGCUGUUGCUGAGAGCUUCUGUCAACUGUUUGAGCUCCUUGCUGGGCUUCCUUCAGAGAAAGAGCGAUACGUCAGUGAAACAUGCGGUGUGCCAGCCAUGGACUCGAUUCCUCCUCUACUGCCUGCUCAACUCAGAAGACGGCUGCCUUCUGCACCCUGCCGUUCUCAGACUCAUCACACUCCUCCUGCAGCACAGCAGCACGUCAGUCCUGUGGGAGCCUGACCUGCUUCAGGUGAUGGAGGCGGCGGAGAGGACGGGGGUGAAGGAGCUCAGCCGAGAAGCAGCACAGGCCCUCAGGCUCCUCCUCACACAGGUCCAGAGCAGUGUCCUGCAGCCGCCACCCACAGAGGAGCACAAGCAGAGAGUGAGGAAUAUGAUGGAGGCCCUCAGCGUCCAGACACCAGUCAAGAGCUGCUCUCCCAGUCUGCCCAGCAACGUCCUACACGUUGGAGAUGUGUUCAUUUCUCUGUCUGAUUUUGCACUGACAACCGGCUGAUGUUCCAGGGAACCUAAACAUAGAGUUCAUAAAUGAUGAGUUUGACAUUUCUUUUAAUUGUUAAUUUAUUGUUAUGUUUCUUUGAUCCCUACAGUCCUUGAUGCCUCUCGUGUUUCUCUGUUCUCAUCUUAAAGCAGCACGUUCUUAACUUAAGUGCCACAGUGAAAGAAUUCACAGCCUUGGAUUGUUCUUUGAAAGUACUUUGAAUUUACAGGUUGUUCAUCUCGGAGCUUUUGUGAUUAUAAGGCAACGUAGUACUUAAAGAUUUCUGAUUUAAAACCCAUUUGGGCCAAUCUCAAUGUUAUGAUUCUUCUUCUAUGUUCGACCAUUAAUUUCACCAAACCAGACGAUCUCUACUUUUUCCUUGACCACCUGAAGGACACGAUCUUCAUAAAAAUGUUGCUUAAUUUAGAAUUUUACAGCUGCGUAGUGACACCGGUCAAGGUCAAACCUGCCGUCACUGUAUUAAUGUGUUAUCUGGACGACCGAGUCACGUUCAUGGAU